CUCUGCUUGGCGCUGCCACUUUGGCGCCUGCUGUCCCGGCAGCCGGGACUGCGGCGCUAUGUUGGCGCUCUCGGGCGGCCACGGGCGAGUUCAGGACGUUAGUGGGUCCGUGCAUCUGUCCGGAGAGAACUUCCAGAUCCGUGGCUCCGCGAUGGUUCUGGCCUCACUGCUUCUGGGGCUGCUGCUGCUUCCCGCGCCCUGGAGAGCCACUGCUGAAAUGGCAGAAGAAACCAACCCAGCUGACCGGCUAUCACCAUCCCAGACUGGAAGAUCACUUCCAGCACACACAGCUGUUCCCCAGAUGACCUCUGCAGCAUCAAAGCUCCUACCUCCCGUUGCAUUUAAUCACACAAUCGGACACAUAAUACUUUCAGAACAUAAAAAUGUCAAAUUUAAUUGCUCUAUCAAUAUUCCUAACACGUACCAAGAAACAGCUGGCAUUUCAUGGUGGAAAGAUGGAAAGGAAUUGCUUGGGGCACAUCAUUCAAUCACACAGUUUUAUCCUGAUGAGGAAGGGGUGUCAAUAAUUGCAUUGUUCAGCAUAACCAGUGUGCAGCGCUCCGACAAUGGGUCAUAUAUCUGUAAGAUGAAGGUGAAUGACAAAGAGAUCGUAUCUGAUCCCAUAUACGUCGAAGUUCAAGGACUUCCAUACUUUAUUAAGCAACCUGAGAGUAUGAAUGUCACCAGAAACACAGCCUUCAACCUCACCUGCCAGGCUGUGGGCCCUCCUGAGCCCGUCAACAUCUUCUGGGUUCAAAAUAGCAGCCGUGUGAAUGAGAAACCGGAAAGGUCCCCAUCUGUCCUCACCGUACCUGGUCUGACAGAGACAGCGGUCUUCAGCUGUGAGGCCCACAAUGACAAAGGCCUGACGGUGUCCAAGGGUGUGCAGAUCAACAUCAAAGCAAUCCCCUCUCCACCAACUGAAGUCCACAUCCUUAGCAGCACAGCACACAGCAUCCUGGUCUCCUGGGUCCCAGGUUUUGAUGGAUACUCCCCAUUUCAGAACUGCAGCAUUCAGGUCAAGGAAGCCGGCUUGCUGAGUAAUGGCUCAGUCAUGAUUUUUAAUACCUCAGCUUCGCCACAUCUGUAUGAAAUCCAGCAGCUGCAAGCUCUGGCUAAUUACAGCAUCGGUGUGUCCUGUGGGAACGAAAUUGGCUGGUCUGCAGUAAGCCCUUGGAUUCUGGCCAGCACAACAGAAGGAGCUCCAUCUGUAGCACCUUUAAAUGUCACUGUGUUUCUGAACGAAUCUGCCAACAGCGUGGACAUCAAAUGGAUGAAGCCUCCAAUUAAGCGGCAGGAUGGGGAACUGGUGGGCUACAGGAUAUCUCACAUGUGGGAGAGUUCGGAGACCUCCCAGAAAGAGCUUUCUGAAGAAGUCAGCCAGGAUGGUUGCUGGGUUCAGAUUCCUGUCCAAAUCCACAAUGCCACCUGCACAGUGAGGAUCGCAGCCAUCACUAAAGGGGGUGUUGGACCUUUCAGUGAACCAGUGAAAAUAAUUAUUCCUGAACACAGUAGGGUAGACUAUGCGCCCUCAUCAACUCCAGCACCUGGCAACACAGAGUCUAUGCUUAUCAUCCUUGGUUGCUUUUGCGGAUUUGUUUUAAUUGGGUUGAUUUUAUAUAUUUCUCUGGCCAUCAGAAGAAGAGUUCAGGAAACAAAGUUUGGGGGUGCAUUCUCCGAGGAGGAUUCCCAAUUAGUGGUAAAUUACAUAGCAAAGAAGUCCUUCUGUCGGCGGGCCAUCGAGCUUACCUUGCACAGCUUGGGAGUAAGUGAGGAGCUGCAAAAUAAACUGGAAGACGUUGUGAUUGACAGAAAUCUUCUAAUUCUUGGAAAAAUUCUGGGGGAAGGAGAGUUUGGGUCAGUGAUGGAAGGAAAUCUGAAGCAGGAAGAUGGGACUUCUCAGAAGGUGGCAGUAAAGACCAUGAAGUUGGACAACUUUUCUCAACGGGAGAUCGAGGAGUUUCUCAGCGAAGCUGCAUGCAUGAAAGACUUCAGCCACCCAAAUGUCAUCCGGCUUCUAGGUGUGUGUAUAGAAAUGAGCUCUCAAGGCAUCCCAAAGCCCAUGGUGAUUUUACCCUUCAUGAAAUACGGAGACCUACAUACAUUCCUGCUGUAUUCCCGGAUAGAAACAAGACCAAAGCACAUCCCCCUACAGACACUGUUGAAGUUCAUGGUGGACAUUGCCCAGGGAAUGGAGUAUCUGAGCAACAGGAAUUUUCUUCAUCGAGAUUUAGCAGCUCGAAACUGCAUGUUGCGGGAUGACAUGACUGUCUGUGUGGCAGACUUUGGGCUCUCUAAGAAGAUUUACAGUGGUGAUUAUUACCGCCAAGGCCGCAUUGCCAAAAUGCCUGUAAAGUGGAUUGCCAUAGAGAGCCUGGCAGACCGAGUCUACACAAGCAAAAGUGACGUGUGGGCUUUUGGCGUGACCAUGUGGGAAAUAGCAACACGGGGAAUGACCCCCUACCCUGGAGUCCAGAAUCAUGAGAUGUACGAUUACCUUCUCCACGGCCACAGGCUGAAGCAGCCGGAGGACUGCCUGGAUGAACUGUAUGACAUCAUGUACUCUUGCUGGAGUGCCGAUCCCUUGGACCGACCCACCUUCUCGGUACUGAGACUGCAGCUGGAAAAGCUCUCCGAGAGCUUGCCUGAUGCACAGGACAAAGAAUCCAUCAUCUACAUCAAUACCCAGUUGCUAGAGAGCUGUGAGGGCCUGGUGGACGGACCCUCCCUGGCUGGGCUGGACAUGAACAUCGAUCCUGACUCCAUCAUUGCCUCUUGCACUCCCAGUGCAGCCACCAGCGUGGUCACGGCGGAAGUUCAUGAGAACAACCUCCAUGAGGAAAGAUACAUCUUGAAUGGAGUCAGUGAAGAAUGGGAAGAUGUGGCCUCCACUCCUUUUGCUGCAGCCACAUCUGGAAAGGAUGGUGUCUUGCCAGAGGACAGACUCACCAAAAAUGGGAUCUCUUGGUCUCACUGUAGUACACUGCCCUUGGGGAGCCCAUCACCAGAUGAACUUUUGUUUGCAGAUGACUCCUCAGAAGACUCUGAAGUCCCCAUGUGAGGCAGCUGUGUGGAGGCAUGUCAGGACCAGGCACAUACUGCUUCAUGGGAUCUGGUUGCCUUAGUUACUUUGCUAUUGCUGUGAUGAAACACCAUGAGCAAGGCAACCUAUAAAAGGAAGUAUUUAGUUAGGGUUACAGCUUCAGAGGGUUAGAGUCCAUGAUUACAGAAGGAAGCAAGAGACCGAGAGUACUCUGGGAAAUGGCACCAUUCUUUGGAAACCUCAGCGCCUGCUCCCAGUGACACAUCUCCUUCAAUGAGACCACACCUCCCGAUCCUUCCCAACAGUUCUGCCAACCAGGGACCAGGCACUCAAAUGAGCCUAUGGGGGCCGCCCCCAUUCAAAGCCACACACUGGUUACACCUGAAGCUUUGGCAUUUGUUCCCCUCACCUACUCUACUUGUCAAAAGUCCAUGGCCUGACAGCACCAGGUGAAUGCUGUCAAGUCAGCUUUCAGUGUAAAUGCAUAACUAGGGUCUUAGGGGUUAAGAGUGACUGCUCUCCUUGCAAGGGACUUAAGUUGAGUUGCCAGUAACUAAACCGGGUGGCUCACAACCACCUGUAACUCCUGAUACUCUCUUCCAGCCUCUGAGGGCACCUGCACACAUGAAGCAUACUCACAUAAAGCCACACAUAAAUCAAAAUAAAUUUAAAAAUAAAUAAACCAACGGCAAGGCUGGGAGUGUGGCUCAGCAGCUGAGUGUGUGCUUUACCUGUGGACUGCUCUGCAUUCCAUCCCACGACCCCCAAACAGCACAGAACAAAAGCCCAGAGGCCAGGGGAAAUAGCUGGGUUGGUAAAGUCCUUGACUUGUAAGCACUAGGAUGGUAUCAAUUUGAUCCCCAGAGCCUACUAAACAAAAAAGUUGGGUGUGGUGGCACUCACUUUAAUCUCAGUGCUGGGGAAGUGGAGACAGGUAGAUUUCUGACAUUCACAGGGCAGCCAGCCUAGGUGAGUUCCAGGUCAAGUGAAACCCUGUCUCAAAGAAAAAAGGUGGGAGCACGUAAGGAGUGAUACUUGAUGUUGUCUUUUGACCUCCAUACACACACACACAUACAUACACACACACACACACACACACACACACCAGCAUGUACAUGAACGUGUACACACACAAAUAUAAAUGAAAUACAUAAUAUAUUUAUUUAAAGAGAGAACAUAUAUGUAUAUGGGUGGAAAGAGACAGUGAUAUUAUAUUUUAAUAAAAGAUGACUUAUUUCACUGACCUUACAGAUCUUAAAAUGUAUUCCUCAGUGUUAACAUUUGUACAGAAUCAAUGUUGCUUUUUUAAAGUUGUUUUCUUUUCCACAGUAUUAAACGUAAAAGUGUUUGUAAAAUGAAAUACCAGAUUUGA